GGCUACCAUCCCGUUGUUCAAGGCUUGCCCUACCUCGCUUCUUUGCUCUGUCGAAGUCAACAUGGAGGUUUGUCAGGCUAGGCUAGACGGCAUGGCAGCAAUUCAUGCUCUGGUCGUCGAAGCCAUUAGAUGCUGUCAAUCUGCCUCUGCGGAUGAAGCAGAUUCCAGAUGCAUCACUAUCUCGUUAUCCAAAGCUCUUGACGUCAAUUCAGUAGACAAUGUUGAGGCUUCAAGAGGGACAUUCGCGAUAAAUCACACUGGAGAGCCUCUGGCGGACAAGAAUCCCGCGACCUUCAUCAAUCGUCUGGUUUCGUCUUCCGCCUUCCAACAGACUGUUGGAGCACGCGAUUUCCCACAAAUUUCGUGGGGUGACGCCGUUGCGUUGAUGACCACAGGUAAGUGCUUCGUGUACAUUUUCGAAGUGUGAUGGACGUUCACGUGCGUAACCUGCUCAGGAAUGAACGACACCGAGGUCAAGAGGUAUGUUAUUGACAUUCCUGCUGAAGGCCAACCGACGUGGUCGCAACUCCCAUCAAUCGAGAAGCCAAAGGGAGCCUACUUCUCUGGCUUCGAGGUUUCUUUCGAUUUUCACGGAGUCGUUGAGGAUGCUGCCUUGAAAGUCCACGAGCUCAUAGGGAUGGUAAGUACAUGUCGUCUUGCCUUCAUUCAUUGAACACGGCGGCCAAUACUCAACGACGCUUCUCCGUUUGCAGGUGACCGUUCUUCAAUCACAAGUAUGCCAACUUCAUUUGCUCUUUCGUUCCUUUGUGGCUGAACUGUUGCCUGACUUCUACAAUCCUUUUCAGACUUCGAUCGGCCUUUCCUUGGGAAAUUUCUGCGACGAGUUUCAGUCAUUGAUUCAUGACUUGCCAUCCGCAACGAAAGAGACCGCCCCAGGAUCAAUAACGUUAUCAUAUGCCCCAGAUGACGAUGACACCGAGUUCAGCAGUUUAGAAAGGUUUAAGUCAGGCGUGUCACAGUCAUUGCUAUUACAACGUGAAAUUUGGUCUGCAUUAAAGCAGGGGCAACCAAAGGCUGCCCCAUGCCUCGCAUCAGCAAGCAUGACUCAUCGCUUGUGGAAUCUGGACUGCGUUGCUGCGUACGAGGAAGGAUCAAAGGACAACGUAACAGUGAGUGAAGAGUAGACCAGGAAGCAUAUUUCUUUCCCACAUCAUGUUAGAAGAUUUAAUGGAGUUCAUUGUGCUUUCAGGUGAAAGUGUUCAAAGACUGGUCGCCUCUUCUUGACGGAACCAGUGUAAUAAUGGCCUUGUCAGAAAGCAAACUCUGGAACAGUUUCGGGAUCAGCAUUGCGGAUGCUGCUAUUCACAACUUUUUUGGUGUUCUCCAUGCGGGAAAGAGCUUUAUGGAGAAACAUCUCAGCAUAUUCCUCCAUCUGCACAAUGAACAUAUCUCAUGUGUGAAACCCGAGAACGUCCCACAGAGAGUUCUGCCGAAGCUUGUCAAGGAUGCAGUUGCUGCAGCUUUGCGGCAGUUGAAGACUCAGCUUCCUGGUGACUUCUCAUCCGUACACCAAGCGAAGGUAGGCAAGAAAAUCCAUGCAGAUUUAAUUGUCGUUGAGUAGAGCACUUGACACCGAGUUCUCUUUCAGGUUGGGAAUUGCUUGCCUGAUUUGGCAACUAGCCUUGCAACCAUAGUGAUGGACUCCAGCAAUCAGCAUUUCCAAGAGGAGUGUUCCAAAAUCUUGGGGGUUCAGGAUGUCAACAAUGUUGAAACAGCCAUUCUGCAGCGGCUGAGCUCUAUUUCAUUGGCGCCUGAUCAUGGAGGAAGAAUGCUGCCUUGUAAGCGCCAGCCUAAAAAAAUGGAUGAGAUGGAUGUAUAGUGGGCACUGGAUUGAAUGAAGGAAGCCAUGUUAACCGCGACAAGGGUAGUACAAGGAUCCUCCUGUUAUAUUUUGAGCUAGUCCA